UUCUCUUCUCCUUCCGGCCUCUGAUCUUCCAAUAAUUAUAUUAACACGUACCGUACCGGAUCGAUCUUUAAUUUGCUUUUUGGUAGCUAACCAUUGGCAGGUUUAGUUUGAUUGCGGUGGUGAGCUAGGCGGCAGAAAUGGGCGGAGGAAGCUCUCCUUGCGCUUCCUGCAAAUUGCUUAGGCGCCGCUGCGCCAAAGACUGCAUUUUUGCCCCAUACUUCCCUCCUGAUGACCCUCACAAGUUCGCCAUUGUCCACAAGGUUUUCGGCGCAAGUAAUAUCAGCAAAAUGCUCCAGGAACUUCCGGUGCAGCAACGAGCCGACGCGGUGAGCAGCCUGGUAUACGAAGCGAAUGCGCGGAUGAGAGAUCCGGUGCACGGCUGCGUGGGGGCGAUCUCGUAUUUGCAGAACCAAGUGUCGCAGCUGCAAAUGCAGCUGGCCGUGGCCCAGGCCGAGAUACUAUGCAUCCAGAUGCAGCAGCAAGAACCCGCCGCCAUCUUGCCGCCUCAUCAUCAACUCUACGGCGUCGGAGAAGACAAAUCUUCGCUCCUUGUGUCCACUACAUCCACCGCCGCCGCAAAUAUUAACGCUGCGUUUACUUCCAACCUGGACACCCUCCAGCAGCUGCAGUACCAGCUGGCAGGUUUUACCUCUUCUAGCAAUACCGCCGCCGCAACCGCAACGCAAGACCCUCUAAAAAGAGAGUCUCUCUGGACUUGAUCGGACAUUAUAUUAUAUAUGGAAGCUAAUUAAGCUAA